AUGGCCCCUAUCAACAAGAAGAAGGUUAAGGCUGGUGAGGGUAUCAACUCCCGCUUGGCUCUCGUCAUGAAGUCUGGCAAGUACCAGCUCGGCUACAAGUCCACCCUCAAGACCCUCCGCACUGGAAAGUCCAAGUUGGUCAUCAUCUCUGGUAACUGCCCCCCUCUUCGCAAGUCCGAGAUUGAGUACUACGCCAUGUUGUCCAAGACCGGUGUCCACCACUACACCGGCACCAACGUCGAGCUCGGUACCGCCUGCGGAAAGUACUUCCGUGUUGGUGUCCUCUCCAUCACCGAUGCUGGUGACUCGGACAUCAUUGCCAAGACUGAGGUUUAA